AUGGAUCGCACCCCAGGUCAAGUUAGCGAGGAUUUCCUCACGUGUUCCCAGUGCCACGACGACUUCAAUGACCCACGCGGACUGCCGUGCCUACACGCGUUCUGCAAGUCGUGCAUAUCGGAUCACAUCACCAAGGCAACCAAAGGUCAGAGGGCGCCAAAAGGUUUCGAGUGCCCGAUAUGUAAACGCUACGUGGACGCUCCGGACCCACAUCAGCCGCCAACGGCAUGGGCGGGAUUGCUUCCCGUCAGCCAUCUACUGACCAGUUUAAUGGACAGCGUCCGGCUGAGAAAUGACGUCAGCAAGUGUGACCCAUGCUUCCGGCGAAAGGAUAAGGUCAUUGCUGCCAAGUGGUGCAAAGAAUGCGCAGAGGCCCUGUGUGAACAGUGUGUCUCCUUCCAUCGGUCCUUGAAAUAUUCUCAAAACCAUACGCUGAUGGAGUUUGAAGAACUCCGGCAGCAGCCAAUCAAAAACACGCUGCCAAGACCACCGUGCCCGGAGCACGAGAACACGACGCUCGGCUUCUUCUGUGAGGAUCAUCAGAAGGUAUGCUGCUCUUCCUGUGUGACUGUAGAUCAUCGGAAAUGCUCUCAUGUCACUACCAGCGUCGAUGCUGCGGCAAAAUAUAGGAAUGAAGUCGAUGUUUUGACAGAGAAACUGCGUCACCAAAAUGGUUGGUCUGGCAGGAUCAUGGAAAAUCGACAGCAUAGCUUAAAACUCCUCGACGAUGCGGAGAGUCAACUUAAGAGUCAAAUUCUUGGCAUCCGAGCGCAGUUUGACGACCUGCUUCGUACACAAGAGAAGAAAAUGCUCGAAGAGUUGAAAAUGCUAAAGUCCAAGGAGAAACAGCGCUACGAGAGAGAGAUCACAAAAUGUGAAGAGAUGGUCAGCACAACCGGAAACGCGCUCAACAUUCUCAAGAACUCCACCCAGCAUGGCACGGACUCGGAUAUCCUCAUGUCCGUCAACAGCGUAAAGAAAGAAGCGAAGAACUGCGAUCGACAUCUCUCGGAAAUAUCCCGAAGCCUGACGGACAUACUGCUUUUGUUCACCCCUGACCGUCAGCUCUCGCAAGUGAUGGGGACGCUGAAGGAGAUCGGCAAGAUCUCGUUCAGUCAUACGCACGUGCACGUUCAGCCGCCGUACAAUCUCUCUGUUCAAAACUCGAUCAUGGAGUCCGACCCGGAAAUGGAAAGAUUUACGCCGGAGUCGCCGAGCCUUCACGAGAAAGAUAAACCGAAAAGCGAUCUCGCCGCUCGCCGCAGAUAA